ACCCACUCACAAUGAAAGUCGUGGCGCUGAUCAGUGGAGGGAAGGACAGCUGUUACAACAUGAUGCAGUGUGUGUCGGAAGGACAUGACAUCGUAGCACUUGCCAACCUGCAACCCAAGGACAGAGGUAGACAGAUUCAGUAUAGACAAGGAGCAUCAUUUAAUUUCCACAAUUCCUAAGUGAUAAACAAACGAUAUUCUUGCAGCUGAGAAAAAUAUAAUAUGUUGCAUGCAGAAAAUAAAAAUGUCAUAAGAAAAAAAGAAGAUAAAUAUUAAUUGACCCAAAUCAUAUUAUGGUUGCUUGCCACUACAGACAUCGAGCAAAGAGAAUGAAUGUAUCAUUGCAAAAAGGGGGAUACUGUUGAAUACAUGAGAUGUGAAAUAAGGAAAGACUUGAACAAUUUGUGAUAUGAAAGUUUUGGUAUCAAAUGCAAAUUCCUACUCUUUCAAUUAGGCCUGAAUAAAUUAAUUGUAAUAUUAUGAACCCUCCUUUUUUCCGUCUGAAUAUUCCGCCUCACUUCAUUAUAUUUUCUGAUUUGUAUCCAAAUCGGUUUCAAGUAACCGUGUGGUACAAUGACGUAAUCGAUCGUGUUCUUUCUGUGAAUGAUGUGAUGAUGUGGGUGCUGUGUGUAGAUGAGCUGGACAGUUACAUGUACCAGACUGUGGGCCACCAUGCGGUGGAGAUGUACGCCGAGGCCAUGACCCUCCCGCUCUACAGGAGGGUCAUAGAGGGCUCCUCCAAGCAGAUCGGGAAAUACUACUCCCCUACAACUGAUGAUGAGGUGGAAGACCUCUACGAGCUGCUUAAAACAGUGAAGACGGAGACUUGUAUUGAGGGUGUGUCUGUGGGCGCCAUUUUGUCUGACUACCAGAGAGUGAGAGUGGAGAAUGUCUGUCAGAGACUGGGUCUGACAUCACUGGGGUUUCUAUGGAGACGGAAUCAACAAGAGUUGAUGAAGGAAAUGAUUGAUUGUCAUGUGGAAUCUAUCAUCAUCAAAGUGGCGGCACUAGGUCUUGAUCCGAAGAAGCACUUGGGAAAGUCUCUAGCUGACAUUUAUCCACACAUGCUGAAGAUGGAAAGUGACUAUGGCCUCCACAUCUGCGGAGAGGGAGGCGAGUUCGAGACCUUCACUCUAGACUGCCCCUUGUUCAAGAAGAAGCUAGUUGUAGAUGAGACUGAAACUGUCAAUCAUUCUGAAGAUGCAUUUGCACCAGUUGCCUACCUCAAUCUCAAGAAACUCCAUCUUGAAGACAAACCCCACAUAGGAAGAUCAGAACGGGAAUAUCUUCAGUCCCUGCCAAUGACCCGUGGUUGUGACCUACUGUCGGAACUCUUCACAGAGGAGGAGAGAAAAGAGUUUUCUGAAACACCCCCCAGUCCAUCCCAAACAAGCAAACAAUCAACAGAUAAUAUUCAUGACAGUAUUCAGGUUCAGACGUAUGUAUGCCAGAAGUGGUUUUAUGUCACUGGUCUUGUUGCUGUGGCUACUGACGGAGAGUGUAUAGAGGACAUCACUCGGACAAUCAUGGACAAGCUAAAGGGGACUGUUGAGAAACUUGGAAAGAAGAUGGCUGACCUGGUGUCUGUCUGUCUGUAUGUCCACAACAUGGCCGACUUUGCACGAGUCAACUCUGUCUACAAAACAUAUUUCACCAUCAACCCCCCAGUCAGGGUGUGUGUUGAGACAGCUAAUCCAGUGAAUGCUGCCUUGAUUCUUGACUGUCACGGAUAUGUUGCUGAUGGAGGUGAUGACGUCAAGGACACCAUGCAUGUUCAGAGCAUAUCACACUGGGCGUCGGCCAACAUCGGCCCAUACAGCCAGGCAGUUCAUGUAUAUAACAGAAUGGCUGUGGCUGGUCAGAUAGCCCUGUGUCCAGCCUCCUUGACCAUCAUCGCUGGUGGAAUAGUGCCGGAGUGUCGACUUUCUCUCCGCCACGUCAGGAGAGUUCUCGCAGCAAUGCAUCCUGGGUGCAGUCUGUCCAAUGUAACCAAUGUCAUCUGCUAUGUCACAUCAGCUGAAUUCAUACCUGCCGCAGGGAGGGAGUGGAGACUGGCGGUCAGUAAUACACAGGAGCGGGCGUAUGGGGAGGAGAUGUGUGAUCAUGAACCGAUGCUGGGGAUUGCAGUGGUCCCGCGACUGCCGCGAGGCGCCAUGGUGGAGUGGCAGGUUCAGGCGUACACAGGGACUGCAGUCCUGACAGAUGGAAGUAAAUCAAUGCUUCAAGAUAAUCAAACAAAAAUAUCUAUGGAUUAUUGCUUCAAUAAUUCAGAAAACCACUUCUUCUCUUCGAAGGCAACAAUAGUGGGUGUGGAGAGGAGCAUGUCGGCCCUCCAGCACAGUGUAGCUGGGCUGUGGAGGCUAUACACCACAGUGCUGAGUGAUCUGUGUCUCGGCCAGGAGGUGGCGCCCAUGUGGAGAGUCUUCUACCCCGUUACCCUGGGACACUACACAACAAUGACAUCAGUGUUAAUGGAGGCCCUGCAUGGUGGGUGUGCCCCGCCUCCUGUGUUUUCACUUGUGCCAGUGUCAGCUCUACCCACAGAGGACUGUCUACUGUAUGUAUGCUGCUGAAGCCACUCUCCUGGUCCAGCAAGAGAAACAGAGCUGUCACCAGCAACCAUGUACAGCACCCUGUGUGACAUUGUUCAACACUUACACAAAACAGACAGAUUGAUCUUCACCUCAAGCAAGUGACACAAUGGUUCAACACUUGCACAAAACAGACAGAUUGAUCUUCACCUCAAGCAAGUGACACAAUGGUUCAACACUUGCACAAAACAGACAGAUUUAUCAUCACCUCAAGCAAGUGACACAAUGGUGGAGGCUGCAACCUUAUUUGCGACUUUGUUCAACACUUGAACAAAACAGACAGAUUUAUCAUCACCUCAAGCAAGUGACACAAUGGUGGAGGCUGCAACCUUAUUUGCGACUUUGUUCAACACUUGAACAAAACAGACUGAUUUAGCAUCACCUCCAGCUUGGGACACAAUGAUAGAAGCUCACAUCCUGAACAAAACUGUAUUAGCAUCCUGUUAAGCGACAAUGGUGGAGGCCCUUUAACUUAGCCUUCACAUUGUGUUUCACUUUUGUGAUGUCAUUGCAAUGAGUUUAUUGUCAUGUCAUUGCAAUGAACUUAUCGAGCUCCUUCCCAGCUUGUGACACCUUCAUUACAGUGUGGGAGCGGCCAUUACAAGGAUCUUGAAAUUUGCCCUCUGACCCCCAAAGUUUAUACUUUUGUUUAUGUCAUCAUAGUUCAUUUUGAAAGAUUUACGACUGACCAUACUUCCCAGAUGAAUUUUACUUUUGUUUGUUUGAUCAGAUUUGUUCAAGAUUGCAGACGACCAUAUAUCAACCCAACUUCCCCUUUCAUUUUUACUAGACCAGUUAUACCAUGAUAGUUGAAAUGAAAUAGAAAUUAAAAUUUACAAAUAAAAUAAUUUAGCUGGGGUAAGAGUAUUUGGCGUCGCGACAGUCAUCACUUGUUUGCAAACAUUACGCAUGGUUGUAGCCACCUAUCACAGUGGGGAGUUUUAACUGGCCGCAGCGAUAGUAUAGAGAGCUCUGCAAACAUGCUAUCACUGUGAGGAGCUUGUGAUGUUAUGGCAGUGAUCUUAUUAUGAUGUCAUUGGAUUGAGGUCCUUGAUUGUAGUAUUGUGAUGCUACCACGAGACUGGAAUGACAUGAAUGGACAAAGUGACAGAAAUAUAUAAACUUAUCCGUGAAAUCAAACUCUCUUGUAUUGGUUUGGUGCUGUCAUGGCUGACUUUGAUCUGUAUGUCUGACUGAAUCACAUUAUUAUUUGCACAAGACUGUGAUAGUCUUCUCUUCACUAAAUGUGUAUAAUGUUCAACAUAACCAAGAUAUUGAUUGUUUUUGUACCUAUCAACAUUCCUUUCAUGUUAAGGAAAUCACUUGUAUACUUCAAAUCAUGACAUGUCCUCAGGUCUUCGUGUAUCAGUAGCGAUCUGAUUAGAAUGAGCUUCUUCUCGUGCUAUUGAUCACAGCUUGGUCCAGACUGGUAUAGCUGUGGCAUAAAACAGCAUGCACUCACAAACUAACAACAUAACUGAAUAAUAGUUUGAAAAUCUGAUCCUUUAUUUGGUCUGUGUAGAAUAUGUACAAAUGUACAUAGCCACGACAUACUGGCAUUGCCAGUAACUCGGCUGGCUGACGGACAGACAGACAGCGAGUUGACUGGCCUGACAGACAUAUUGCACUGGCUACUGAGAACUUGAUUAGCAAUGAUGUCAUCGGUAUACCAUCAUCACAAUAAGAAAUAUUCAUAAAUUUCAAAACAUUGUCAUUGGCCACAAAAUAUUCAUAAACUCAACAUGGUACAUUUCUGAAAUAUCCAUGAUCUUGAUCUAUGUUUAACAUGUAUACUGUUCAACAUUUGCUAAGGAUCAACAUAGUCAUCUUAAGGUGUGGUCCCUAACACAUGUUGAGUAGUAUACCAGGUUAAAUGGUAAUGCAGAUGAAGUCAUUGCUAGGAAUAACCUGUAAUGAUUUAACAAAAUUUGGAGUUUACAACAAUGUCAUGAUUUAAGUAA